UUGAAAACCAUAGGAUGCUAGAACGUUCUGGGUUCAAAGCUUCUAGCACCGAUUAUUGAGACCACGCGUGCUCCAAGGGAUAAGAGAACAUAAGCAUAAAAGCUACUACUAUAUAUACCAUAGAAAGAGACCGUCAAUUUUUGCUGUGCAGGACAUUGACAGGUAGCAGAGCAGGUGGAGCCUCGAGAGUGACCUGAGCAUAAAAGCGAUUCCACACUUCACACUCAUCAGUAGGAUCCUCAACGCCUGCAAAUCUCAAAAUUCAGGCUAAUUCUUCAUCUCAUCUCCACAAAAGCGUCUCCUCCCUUCAGCUCGCUGUUUCCCUUCUUUCCACCGGUGAAAUCUAACGGUAUUAAUGGCGGAGAACGCCGCGAAGAAGCCCCUGUUACAGGACGGCGACACUACUAACGCAGGCCAAACGAAGGCGCCGCCUCAGGGAGCUGGACUGAAGAGGUUCCGGCGCUGCAAGACGGCGCCUUCGGCCGACGGGGCGCAAGAUUCUCCUCCAGGGCGCCAGAACCCAAACCACCAGGAGCACGGCAGCGCCGGCGGCUCGACGCCGUUCGCGCCGCCCAAGGAGCUUCUGCGUGGCGCGCGACCGAGCUUCCGGCUCGUCGGCGUUUUGCUGCUCGCCUACCUCCUCGCCGGGACCAUCGCGUUCUACCUCGUCAUGGACCACAUGUCCGGCAAGCGCACCUGGAGCCGCGUGCUGGACGCGCUUUACUUCUGCGUGGUCACCAUGACGACCGUCGGGUACGGCGACCUUGUCCCGGCCAGCGACGCCGCAAAGCUGCUCGCCUGCGCCUUCGUCUUCGCCGGCGUCGCCCUCGUGGGCACCUUCCUCAGCAAGGCCGCCGACUACCUCGUCGAGAAGCAGGAGGCGCUCCUCUUCCGCGCGCUCCACCUCCGCCGCGCCGGCGACCGCCGGGCCCUGCGCGACAUGGAGGCCAACAAGGUCCGGUACAAGCUCUACAGCGCCGCGGCGCUGCUGGCGGCGGCGCUCGCGUCCGGGACGGCGUUCCUGGUGGAGGUUGAGGGGAUGCGCCCCGUGGACGCCUUCUACUGCGUGUGCGCUACGGUGACCACGCUCGGGUACGGCGACCGGAGCUUCUCGUCGGUACCCGGGCGCGCGUUCGCGGCGGCAUGGAUCACGGUGAGCACGGUGGUGGUGGCGCUCUUCUUCCUCUACGCGGCAGAGCUGGGCGCUGAGCGGCGGCAGCGGGCGCUGGCGCGGUGGGUGCUCCGGCGGCGGACCACGUGCACGGACCUUGAGGCGGCGGACAUGGACGGCGACCAUAGGGUCGGGGCCGCUGACUUCGUGCUGUACAAGCUCAAGGAGCUUGGGAAGAUCAGCCAGGAGGAGAUCGCCGAGUUCCUCGAGGAAUUCGAACAGCUUGACGCCGACAGCUCCGGAACCCUCUCGCCGCACGACCUCCUCGUGGCGCAGCACGGUUAGCCUGGUAAUCACAGGAAGCCAGCAAGGCGGGUGGGGUCAGCAGCGUCUGGAGCAUACUCGAAGGCUCGAAGCUGAAGCACGAACUUGUUACACUCAGCUGCCAGUUGCUCAAAACUGCCGGGCCGAUACUUUUCAAUGGGCUGUUACACUCAGCCUGGUUACUUUAUUAGUACCAUUUGGCCCUAUAACAUGACACAUUUCAUUCUUUCA